AUGUGGUGUUGUGUGAAUAAUACAGUGUCAGAUGGCGUUGCGUGUUAUGAUGCAGUGUCAGAGGCUGUUGUGUGGUAUAAUGUGGUAUCAGAUGAUAUGGUGUGGUGUCAGAUGGUGUUAUGCGGUGUAAUGUGGUGUCAUACGGUUUAUAUGAAACAAGUCGACUUUCACAUAACACUGUACAAAGUCAAUCAACGUGAUCUAAGACCACACAGUCGGCGCAUUACACAUAUAAAUUCAGUGUCAGAUGGAGUCGUGCGGUAUAAUGUGGUGUCAGAUGGUUUUGUGUGGUAUAAUGUGGUGUCAGAUGGUUUUGUAUGGUAUAAUGUGGCGUCAGAUGGUUUUGUGUGGUAUAAUGUGGUGUCAGAUGAUAUGGUGUGGUAUGAUGUGUUGUCAUAUGGUUUUGUGUGGUAUAAUGUGGUGUCAGAUGGGUUUAUGUGGUAUGAUGUGGUGUCAGAUGGUUUUGUGUGGUAUGAUGUGGUGUCAUAUGCUUUUUUGUGGUAUAAUGUGGUGUCAGAUGGUUUUGUGUGGUAUGAUGUGGUGUCAUAUGCUUUUUUGGGGUAUAAUGUGGUGUCAGAUGGUUUUGUGUGGUAUAAUGUGGUGUCAGAUGGUUUUGUGUGGUAUGAUGUGGUGUCAUAUGCUUUUGUGUGGUAUAAUAUGGUGUCAGAUGGUUUUGUGUGGUAUAAUGUGGUGUUGAAUGGUGUUGCGCAGCUUAAUCUCUGGAGCAGACUAACCCCAUCCCGAGUGUAUCUAUAUCUCCCCAUCUCUUGA